GCGCAUUGACUUGUGGACGGCUCUUCACCGAGGCGUAGGGAGCCAUGGCUGCGGACGAAGAUGAGUUGAAUCUUCUGGUUAUCAUAGUUGACACCAACCCAAUUUGGUGGGGAAAGCAAGCAUUAAAGGAAUCUCAGUUUACUUUAUCCAAGUGCAUGGAUGCCGUGAUGGUGCUGGCAAAUUCCCACCUGUUCAUGAACCGCUCCAACCAGCUAGCCGUCAUCGCCAGUCACAUUCAGGAGAGUCGAUUCUUAUACCCGGGGAAGAAUGGCAGACUUGGAGACUUCUUCGGAGACCCUGGCAACGCCCUUCCUGACUGCAAUCCCUCUGGGAGUAAAGACGGGAAAUACGAGCUGCUGACAGCCGCAAAUGAGGUGAUCGCUGAGGAGAUCAAGGAUCUGAUGACCAAGAGUGACAUCAAGGGCCAGCAUACAGAGACACUACUGGCAGGAUCCCUCGCCAAAGCCCUUUGCUACAUUAACAGAGUGAACAAGGCAGUUAAAGAUAAUCAGGAGAUGAAAUCAAGGAUUUUGGUGAUCAAGGCUGCAGAGGACAGUGCGCUGCAGUACAUGAACUUCAUGAACGUCAUCUUUGCUGCUCAGAAGCAGAAUAUCCUCAUUGAUGCCUGCGUCCUAGACUCGGAUUCAGGGCUCCUCCAGCAGGCUUGUGACAUCACUGGGGGACUGUACCUGAAAGUGCCACAGAUGCCUUCUCUCCUGCAGUACUUACUGUGGGUUUUUCUUCCGGAUCAAGAUCAGCGAUCUCAGCUAAUCCUUCCGCCUCCGAUCCAUGUGGACUACAGGGCUGCCUGCUUCUGCCAUCGAAGUCUCAUUGAGAUUGGCUAUGUCUGCUCUGUGUGUCUGUCUAUUUUCUGCAAUUUCAGCCCCAUCUGCACCACGUGCGAGACAGCUUUUAAGAUCUCCCUCCCUCCUGUGCUGAAGGCCAAGAAGAAGAAACAGAAGGUGUCCCUGUGAUGAGUGAUAUAAGCUACCCCCAUGUCUUCCUACAGGCUGACUCUUUGUAGGGAACAUGGAGGAAUUUAAAACACUGGUCUUGUCCUGUGCUUCUAGGGUGUGAAGCUGACCCUCACCUCUGGUUUAUCAGGAGGGGGACAAGCAUUUUUGUCAGUUGUUGUGGGGUAGCAGUUGCCUGGCAGAUCUAAGCUGUUGCUGCUUUGUCAGUUGUUGCUUUGAUUCUUGGUGCUGGGUUUUGAACCUCAGCCUUGCAUGAGCUAGGCCGCAGCCCCCCACCACUGAACUGUAGUCAGUGGGGUUUUUUUUUCAGAUGAUCCUCUCUCAGAGCUUAUUAUGGUGGAUGCUGGGUCUUCUGUACUUCAAGAUGGGUCGUGUGUGAAGUUGGAAUUCCGUUUGAGAAGGUGACCAUCACUGGGCUACGGUACCAGUCAUAACAGAGCAUCUUAGUUGCUCAGGUGGUACACUGCUAGAAUCUUGAACUUAGGAGGCUGAGACAGGAAAGUUUUGUGUUCAGAUCCUGCCUGGCAUAUGUAUAAGAACCUGGCUUUUUUUUAUUUUUUUUAUUUUAUUUUUUUUUUAUAGAACAUUUUACUUCAAAUAAAUUGUUUCCUUUAACUAUAUUCAAAUGUAACCUGACCUAAAGGCACAAGCCUUCAAUCUCAUCGCUCAGGGAGCAGAGACAAAUGUAUCUCCGAGUUUGAGGCCAGCUUGGUCUACAUAGUGAGUUCAAACCAACCAGGGUUGCAUCUUGCCACCUUGUUUACAAAAAUAUAAAAACCAAAACCCAGUAAUAUUAAUAUUGGAGAACUGUUGAAUACUAGAAAUGUAAAUGAGUUCAAUAGAAACAUUUGUAAUCUCAACAAUAAAAAUCCUAUUUUUAUAUUUGCUAA